CCUGCUAUCUUUAGAACGGUUAACAGCGAUUUAGACUGGCUCAGAGUGACGGGUUUAACACCGUUACCGUUUCAUACCAGGAGCUUUCUCCGUCUGUGUCACUCUGAAGUGCGGUUCAGCUUGAGGAGGAUAGCGCAAUGACACCUCUCGGCUCUUUUCUGCUUCCUUUAACGUGAGAAGUGGGACUCGAGGAUGCUGCUCCUUCUCUCCAGCCGGACGGAGCGGCUUUAUGUCGCGCUGCUGCUCGGCGUCGUUGUCGCCGCUGUUAGCGCUAGUAUGCCCGGUAAAGACACGUCCCUCCCUGAUCUCGAUGAACAAAUCGACUACCUGUCUUCAGUCAUCGCCAAGCAGGACGUCUCGGAUGUCCGGCAGUCAGGCUCUUCCGAGUCACAGAGUCAGCCCGUGCCGAAGAGCGCGUCUCACUCGAGUACAGUAAAAGCAGUGACACACAGUCCUUCCACCACGACCCAGCGCACCUCCAAACCCCCUGUGGCUCAGACGAAGGCUCCGGGCCGUGGCAAACACAUCAGCCCGACCUUUCUAGAAGACGGCCUGAUCGUUCUCAUGAUGUCCGCGUUCAUCGUUUUGGGGACUGUGGCUCUCAUCAUGGCUGCUGUCUGUUGGUUUCGGAUUCAGAGGGAAAGCCAUUUAACUCAGAAAGUGGAUUACCCAGCGUUUCAUGCAGCAGGAAGCAGCUCCGCUAGCAUCGCCUCGUCGGGGGACAAGAAGCUGGCUCACAGUGCUCAGAUGUAUCACUACCAACAUCAGAAACAACAGAUGCUCUCGAUGGAAAAACACAAAGUUGAACCUAAAGUGUCUGAACCUGGAGUUAUAUCAGAUGAGGAAACCGAAGAAGGAGACUUCACUGUAUACGAGUGUCCUGGACUCGCACCGACUGGAGAGAUGGAAGUGAAGAAUCCACUGUUUGACGACUCUACUUUACAGAACGGAAGGAAUCACAAGUGACGUGGAUGCUUACACAGACACACACACUGCACAAUAACAUCCAGACGUUUCAUUUUCAUUCGAGAGAAUAUUCCUACCAAACCUGCACACUUUUAAUACAUUUAAAAUAACUAAAAAAUGCACACACCAACUCAACAUAUCCAACACUGGACAAUGAUUUGAUGAAGACUCUUUUCUUAGCUUAGCUCCUCAGAAUCAAUCAAAUAGGGAAGAACUAUUCACACCCCAACCCUAAAGAGGAUGAAGACUGGAUGGAAAUAAAAGCAAAGGUUGAAAACGAACUGUCCGUCUCAGUGCACUCUCAAUGAUCACUGUGCACCCAGACUACACAACCUACACAACUGCAACUCUCCACGGCUCUUCACUCUCCUCACCGUAUCUGCGCGUCAGUCGAUCAUCCCUCGUUUAUAUUUGUCCAGCUUAUGGAAUUAGUUUUUCAGUGUCGUUUUUGUCUUUCUUGUAAAG